UUCUUAAUUAGGAAAUUUGAUUAUUACUGUUGAAGACAAAAUCAAUGGCUGCAUUUAGUGAUUCAGAUGAUUCAGUUAGCAAGUCUAUCCGUCAACACAUUUUUAAAUUGUGUUCAGAGUUUUUGAGCUCUGCUUGGUCAAACCCAGAAAAUAUCACAAUACAGCGACUAACAGGAGGAAGGAGCAAUCGUAUUUAUCGCUGCAAAACAAGUGCAAGGGAUUCAGCAAAUGAAGUGAUCUUCAGGUUCUAUGGAAGUGAUUUUCUCGAAGGGACAGAAGAAUCAAAGAGAUCAAGAACAAAAGAAACGUUGAUUAGUUAUAUCAUUUCAGAGAAACGGUUAGGUCCACAUUUGAUUGGAAUAUUCGAUGGAGGACGAAUCGAGGAAUACAUUCAGUCUACCAUUCCAACUCGUGAACAAUAUGAAGGACAAUUGAUGUUCAAAGCACUGGCUUAUAAAUUGGCCACCAUUCAUUCCUUGCGACUACCAUUUUCUCAUCGAGUCCAGUUAGAUUUGACUGCAAUGGUAUCAGGUUUGACGAAGAGCACAGCACUUGCUGCUUACUUGAAUGGAUCCAAAGUCAAUGCUUUCUCAGAGAAGCUAUUAAAUUUCAAUUAUGCCGAGGAAUUAGAUUUGUUGAUUCCGUUGUUUACUCAAAUACCUUCAAAAAUUGUAUUCUGUCAUCAAGAUCUGAAUCGGUUGAACAUUUUGAUUAGAACAAGAAACAGUGACGAUUCUUAUAGAGGACAAAGCUCAUCAACACUGAAGGAAGCUGCUAGCAAAAUAAUGCUUAUUGAUUACGAAUGUGCUGGCUAUUCUUACCGAUGGGCUGAUUUCGUUACCUUUUUCAGUGAAAUUUGCUCUAAUCGAUGGCAGGAGAAAAAGCAAUUCAGUUUCAGUGAUUAUCCAGGUCCAGAUCGACGAACCUACUUUAUAAAACACUAUUUGAGUACAUUGAAUGAACUUCAAUUGUUGGAGAUGGCUGAUUUGGAUGCUGAAUUUUCAAAGCUCAUGAAAGAAAUUGAUUUCGGUGGAAUGAUCCUCAAUUUGGUUAAUGCUUUAUGGAGACUCAACCAUCCUAAAAUUGACAGUGACUCUAUGCUUUUUUUAUGGGAAGAAGCCAACUUCAGACUUGACCUUUACCUUGGACUGAAAGAAUACUUUUUAAAUAAUUACAAUAACUAUUAGUAACUAGUCAAACAGUUUUUGUGUUUAAAAAUUUUAUUUUACUUGUUGAGUUUUUUAUUUCUAUUUUUUACCAAUAAAAUAAUUUGUUUAAAAAA